UUCUUUUCUCUCAGUUAUGUUGAUGGUGGUAUUCGCGGUAUUAUGAACUAACCUGUUUUUUUGUUAGAACGGAGUUUAACGAAGACUUCGUCGUCUUUAUAUGUCCAUUCAUUGUUGUUUGAUUAAAGAGGUAGGUGUAUAUAGUAGAAAGUUUGUGCGAAUAUUCACGGUUGUGCGGAUUUGAAGAGACAAAAAUUGAUUUCCGGAGACAUGUGAUAUGACAGUGGAAAGGGAUCAUGAAGACCCUACUCUUUUUAUUGAUAAGUUUACAUGAAGCAUUAUCAUUGGAAAUAUGUACAUCCCAUUUUUGUCCACCUAUCCGUGAGAAACAGAAAAUAACGGUUGAGAGAGAGGUGCCAGUCAAAGUUGUUGGAAUCGACACCGUAAAUGGCUGUAUAUGUGCAGAAAUACCGAAUGCUUACACCAUUUGUUACAAUAAAAAUGAUAAGACUGUACCAUGUGUGAAGUUCCCCAAGGAUAUUUAUCUACAUAAUGAUGCAUUGCUCUUGAAAUCUACAUAUAUUACAGAAUUAUCUUACGGUGAUCUUUAUAACAUGACUCAUUUGAAGGACUUGAAGAUAGAUAGCAACCAGAAGCUGGGUCACAUUGAUCCCUUCAUCUUUAAGAAUAUGACCAAUUUAACCACUUUGAGUUUCGUUUUCAAUCCACUACUCACAAACCUUCAUCCUGACACUUUUCAAGGAUUGAUCAACUUGAAGGAACUUCAUUUGGUCAAAAAUGGUUUCCAGAGUAUCAAAAUACUGUCGAUUGCAUUGAAACCAACUAUUUUGCCCAACCUCAAGACUUUAGGUUUGAACGAAAAUGUAUUCAGGAAUGUGAGUGAAGAUGAUUUUGAACCAAUGCAAGGAAGUAGUGUAGAAGAGCUCAACUUGAUUCUAUGUGCAAUUAAACAUAUCCACCCAAGAUCUUUAGGCCCUCUAAAGAAGCUACAAGCUCUUCGUUUGGGUGAUAAUAGAUUCGAUGUAAGCGAACUUACAAAUUUACUUGUUACCACUUUGAAUAUGGGAGCUGAUUUGAAGCUCUUAGAUCUGUUCUCUUCUGGGUUUAGAGGUUCUAUGCCAACUUCUGUAUUGGAGGUUAUUGGGGGAUCUAACAUAAGUUAUCUCGUCCUUUCUAGAAACCAGUUUGAUGUUAUUGACAACGAGUUAUUUCCAAUACCUAUGCCCCAAUUGAAAGUGAUUGAUUUAAAUGAUGUGUCUGCACAAAAGAUUCAUGAUCAGGCAUUUCUGAACCUACCAAACCUGAGGACUUUGGUCUUGGGCAAGAAUAGACUGUCUUUUUUUGCAGCAUCCAAACAUCUUCCAAAUUUGACUUAUCUAGAUUUGAGUAGUAAUACUGAUGCAGAUGGUUGGGAAUUUUUCUUAACCAAGAGCGAUUUUCGAAGGAUGAGCUUGCAAUAUCUAGACUUGCAAUAUACAAGACUCCUACUCCUUACUAGGACUGAUUUUGGAUACAUGCCGAAUUUGAGAACGUUGAACCUCAAAAACUGCAGCAUCAUCAAAAUAGAAGAUAACACUUUCAAGGGGUUGACAAGUCUGAUGGACUUGAACAUGGAGAACAAUCGAUUUGUCAAGAUGUGGAGUAACCCAAGGUAUGAGUUCGAUAUUUUUGGAGGUCUUCAACAUCUCGAAGUUCUUCUAUUGGGAGGAAAUAAUAUAGCAACUAUUAGAUCUCCAAGAAAGCACCUGUUGAAAUAUCUGGAAAAUAUAAAACAUUUAGGAUUGAACAGAAACAGUUUACAAACGAUAUCGAGUGAAGAUUUCUCCCAUUUGAAAAAAUUGGAGAUUCUGGAUAUUUCUGAGAAUCACAUUUUAUCAUGGGACUCUAGAAUUUUUCCUAAUGUUAGACUGAAAAGGUUUUAUGCUUCCUUGAAUAAAAUAUCUUAUAUGACUGACGCCAUGUUGGCAGAUUUCGAUUCUUUGGAAUCUAUAAAGUUAGACUACAAUUCCUUCAUGUGCGAUUGUGUUUUGAGGGACAAAAUGAGUACUAAUAAAACUGCACUCAAAAAAUUCACGAAAUUGAUAGAAGACGAACAGAUAUACUGUGUCGGACCAAACGUGAACCAAACUGUGAAAGAUUUCUUGCAAAGUAUAGCAAAUUCCUCUUUGAUUUGCGAUCCUGGAGUAGAUAUUCUGCUUGUAACCAUACCAACAGGAGUCAUUUUGACUCUGAUAGUGAUAUUAGGAGUUCUGGGCUAUAUUUAUAGGUGGCAUAUUCGUUAUUGGGCCUUCCUAGUCAGACUAUACCUAACACGAAAAGGUAAAAUACGAAACACCAUAAAAAAGGGCCACAAUAACUACCAAUUCGAUGCCUUUGUUUCUUACUGCAACAAAGAUCAAAAUUUCGUCAUAAGGAUGGUGAAGAUGUUAGAAACCCAAGAACCGUUUUUGAGGUUAUGCGUUUACGAGAGAGAUUUUCAAGUGGGCAGUGUUAUAUCCGAAUCUGUUCUAGAACAUAUCACGAGAAGUCGAAAAACUGUGCUCAUAGUUAGUAAUGCCUAUGCAAAAUCUUAUUGGUGCAACUGGGAAACUCAAAUAGCUGAACAUCACCGGUUGUUUUUUGAGAAUCCUAACGGUGAUUGUGUCGAUGAAAGUAUAGUGCUAAUCAAACUUGGUAAGAUUGUCGAUGCGCAUUUGAACCCGACAUUGAAAUAUCUUUUGAAGACCAGGAUUUAUUUGGAAUGGGACAAUGAUACUGAAAGACAAACAAUUUUUUGGCAAAGGCUGAAACAGUUUUUGACUCCUCCGAAAAAUAAUAUAGAUGAUACUACCAACGUGUGAAGGAGCUAGCUCGAUGACAUAACCUGCAAAUAAAAUAAAUAAUUAUGUAGAUAUCUAAAGUAUUGAUCAUAUCAUGUAGCUCUAAGAAUCUCAAUCAUCUAGAUGUUUGUUUAAUUUAAUAAAUGACAUCUUGAAA